GUUUUAUUGAACAGAGAAGAAGUGUGCAGUUUCAUGCAUUAGUGUGUUUGACAAGAAGACCUAGUUCACAAUUCUCUUGUAUUUUAGCUCAUUUUAAACAUGGCAAGCGAACUGGAUGAACUUAUAGGGUUUCUGACCUCGCCUUCUCCGCAAGUGAAGAAAGCAGCUAUAGACAUUGUUCGAGGACUGACUGGUUCUGAAGAUGGAUUAUCCACUCUAUCUCACCACUCUGAUACACUCUUGGGCUCGCUUUCAAAGCUAUUAGGAGAGAAAAAGCAGGAGAUUUCCGAACCUGCAGCAGAAGCUCUUGUAAACCUGUCUCAGAAUUCUGAGUUAGCUGAAAAAAUGGUUUCAAUUGGCAUGGUAAAUAAGGCAAUGGAGAUACUUUCUAAACACGACCUUGGCAUCACUAGGUUGUCGGUUAUGCUCCUUGUGAACCUUACACAAUUGGCUACGGGUAUUAUCUCACUUCUUCAGACUGGAGAUGAAAAAGUAAAAGGUCUUAAUGUUGUGAAACUUGUGAGAUUCUUUUGUAGAUCUUCAAGUGAAACAAAAGAUGAUCCGUUUGAACAUGUUGGUUCAAUACUCGUAAACAUUUCUAGAAAUGAAGCAGGAAGGAAACUUCUAUUGGAUACCGAGCGUGGGCUUCUAAAACAAAUUCUUCCACUUUUUGGUACAAUUAGUCCAUUGCGCAAGAGGGGGGUCUCUGGAACGCUUCGAAAUUGCUGCUUUGAAGCUGAGAAUCAGCUAAAUAACCUGCUUUUGUUAUCUGAGUUCCUUUGGCCAGCUCUACUACUACCUGUUGCUGGAAAUAAGGUUUAUAGUGCAGAGGAUACCUCAAAGAUGCCACUUGAGCUUUCAAGUGUUCUUUCACAUGAACGUGAAGCAAUUGAUGAUCCAGAUAUUAAGAUCCAAGCUGCAGAAUCGAUUUACCUGAUUGCUUUGCAGGAGGCAGGUCGAAGAGCUCUCUGGUCUGUCAAUGGUCCUCGGAUACUGCAAGUAGGCUAUGAAGACGAAGAAGAUCCAAAAGUAAUGGAAGCGUAUGAACGCAUUGGCGCCUUGCUUGUCCAUGGGGAUGAGGCUGAGCAGCCGUCAGUUUAGAAUUGGAGAAUCGGUUGUGGAGCUAAUAUUUGAUAUGGAGUUACACAAGUUUGAAUCUCUCUCUCUCUUUCUCACUAGCUGGGAGUGCUUACAUCUAGUGGACUGUCCGCAAAAAUGUAUAUGAACAUUAUUUUUCUCUUUAUAAAAUUUGAUAUUAGCUUUCUUGUUUCUCAAUUAUUUUUCUUACCUGAAACAUGGUAAUCUGCUUGUGUGAUUUGUGAAGGAUCCCCUUGGUCUUUUUUUCUUC